AUGCAAACCUCCAAAGAUGGCAAGCAAUGGAGCAUGAGCUACCAGCCCAGUCAUGCUGCAGCAAUUGUUUUCAUCGCAUGCUUCGGUGUGGGCACCAUCAUCCACUUCGCACAGAUGGUCUGGCUUCGGAGCUGGUACUUCAUUCCAUUCCUUAUCGGCUGCAUGAUGGAGACAUUCGGCUACUAUGGUCGCUUCUGGUUAUCGCAAGAGCCUGGCAAUUUCAAAGCCUACGUCCUCUACGAUCUCUUGGUCCUGCCCGCUCCGAUCUUCCUUGCUGCAACACUCUACAUGUCUCUCAGCCGCAUCAUACAGAUACUGGACGCAGACGAGCUCUCGCCAAUUCGACCAAAGCUCAUGUCGAAGCUGUUUGUGAUCUUCGAUGUGUUGUGCUUCCUGGUACAGAUUUCUGGGAUCGGAAUGGGAGUUACAACAAGUCUGAAUAUCCAACGCAUCGGUGGAAAGGUAGUGAUUAUCGGCUUGGUCCUGCAGAUCCUCGUCUUCGUCGUGUUCAUAUGGAUGGCGGUUUUAUUUCUUCAAAGAUGCAAAGCACAGAGCGGAUCAAACACACUUCGUUGGAAGCGUUACAUCGGAACGCUCCUGGUGGCCAGCGGAUGUAUCAUGGUACGGAACAUCGUCCGCGGGAUCGAACACGCGCAGGGGUCAGAUGGAACCGUUACCUCGAAGGAGGUCUUCAUAUACAUGUUUGAUGCUCUGCCGAUCUUCGCCACGGUGUUUCUCUUUGCCGUGUUCCAACCCGGGAGGUUACAGAGGGCUGUAAGAGGCUUCAACGCGAGUACGUAUGUCGAGGACGACAUCGGAAUGAAACAGGAAAGCCAGAUGGAAGACCUUGUGGCMAAGUACACACCAGCGAAGUCGAAGUAUGGACGACCUUAUGAGCAGCCGGCAAUUUACUCGAGAUGA